UUUAAAUGGAUACUAGUUUUACUCUCUCUUCCUCUCAUUUCCACCUAGAAUGUAGGGAAAAAAUUUCCCAACCCUUUUUUUUUACUGGUUAAAAAUAAAUGGAUCCAGUAGAAUUUUGUUCUUUCUUUAUAAAAACAAUCAGAUCCUAUAUAUUUCUAUUACAUCCAAAAAAAUUUCUUAGGUCAAGAACAAUUCUCUCUUCCUAUCUUAAAAUGGAUAAAUCAUCAAUACGGUGUUUCUUUUUUGUAGUUCUCACCAUCUUCGGCACCACCAUUGUUUCAUGUUCGAGUGCUGCAAAACAAGAUAGAGAAGUUGAGGAUGAAAGUGAAUUCAGCUACGAGUUGAACAAAGAAAACGGGCCAGCGAAAUGGGGAAAACUGAAACCGGAAUGGAAAAUGUGCGGAAAAGGAGAGAUGCAAUCUCCAAUUGAUCUUAUGAACAAAAGAGUUAAACUUGUUUCUCAUCUUGGAAAGCUAACUAGAAACUACAAACCUUCUAAUGCCACUCUCAAGAAUAGAGGCCAUGACAUGAUGCUGAAAUUUGGAGAAGAAGGGUCAGCAGGAAGUAUUAAAAUCAAUGGAACUGAAUAUAAACUCCUACAGCUUCAUUGGCAUUCUCCCUCUGAACAUACUAUCAACGGUAGAAGGUUUGCUCUCGAGCUGCAUAUGGUUCACGAAAGCAAGAACGGAAGUAUGGCUGUAGUCACAGUGCUCUACAAAAUCGGAAAGCCAGACUCUUUUCUCGGAUUGUUGGAACAUAAAAUGGCGGCGAUUACAGAUCAAAAUGACGCCAAGAAAAAUGUAGUAAUGAUAGAUCCAAGUAAAAUUAAGAUUGAGAGCAGAAACUAUUAUAGAUAUAUUGGAUCACUUACCACUCCUCCAUGUACGCAAAAUGUUACAUGGACCAUUAUUAGAACGACAAGGACUGUGACGAAGAGCCAAGUGAAUCUACUCCGAGUGGCUGUUCAUGAUGAUUCAAAUUCAAAUGCAAGGCCGGUUCAACCUACAAAUAAGCGUGAGAUACACUUAUACAGACCAAAAUCUUUAUGAUUAUGUAAUUUUCCUUCUAUUUUUACAGUAAAGAAUGUAAAUAUUAGGGAAAGUGUGGUGUAUAAUCAAAUAAAAAUUGAUAAUUUGUUAACUAACCAAAAAAAAUUGGUUAGGGACAGGGUAUUCCUUGUAUAAACUAUAAUAUAUACAAAAUUAUCCGUCCUCUUACCCUUAUUACA